AUGGAUCAUGCUGAUGGCGUCCCAGCAGGAGGAGCCUCUCAUGUUAAUACUGGUGUACAACAUGAUGAUCUGUAUAGGGAACUAUGGAAGUUAUGUGCAGGACCUUUAAUGGAUGUUCCUCGCAAUGGUGAAAGAGUUUAUUACUUUCCACAGGGUCACUUGGAACAAUUAGAGGCAUCGACUAACCAGGAGUUGAAUCAACAAAUCCCCAGGCUCAAUCUUCCUUCGAAGAUCCUUUGUCGUGUUUGUCAUGUUCAUUUGCUGGCUGAACGAGAUACAGAUGAAGUUUAUGCCCAGAUCACAUUACAUCCCGAACCAGAUCGUACUGAGCCCUCCAGUCCCGAUCUCUGCCCUCCUGAACCACGAAGGCCAAUAGUUCACUCUUUCUGUAAGAUUUUGACAGCUUCUGAUACUAGCACUCAUGGAGGUUUUUCUGUUCUUCGGAAGCAUGCUACCGAAUGCCUGCCUCCAUUGGAUAUGAGUCAAACAACCCCAACCCAGGAUUUGGUUGCUAAAGAUCUUCAUGGAUAUGAGUGGCGAUUUAAACAUAUAUUUCGAGGUCAACCUCGGAGACACUUACUCACAACUGGAUGGAGUAUGUUUGUCACCUCAAAGAGAUUAGUUGCAGGCGAUGCUUUUGUUUUCUUGAGGGAUGAAAAUGGGGAAUUGCGUGUUGGUGUUCGACGUCUUGCUCAACAACAGAGCUACAUGCCGCCUUCUGUCAUUUCCAGCCAAAGCAUGCAUCUUGGAGUGCUCGCCACCGCCUCACAUGCUAUUACGGCACAAACACUAUUUGUGGUGUAUUGCAAACCAAGGACGGGCCAAUUCAUUAUUCGGUUGAACAAAUAUUUAGAGACCACAUGUCAUGAAUUUUCAGUGGGCCUGCGUGUGAAGAUGAAAUUUGAUGAAGAAGAUUCUCCCGAGAGAAGGUUCAUAGGCACUAUUGUUGGUGUUGGAGAUAUCUCGCCGCAGUGGACAGACUCUGAAUGGCGCUCAUUGAAGAUUCAAUGGGACGAACCUGCAACCGCACAGCGGCCAGAGAGGAUCUCACCAUGGGAGAUAGAGCCUUUUGUAGCUUCUACUUCUGUAGACAUUGCACAACCAGCAAAAAAAAUCAAAAAGCUUCGUCCUCUUGAUCUGCCACAUAAUGGAUCAACUACGUCCGUUGAAUUGAGCCACAUGGGUAAUACCAUUGAAGUCCAAACUAAUGAAAACCAAGCUUUCCAGCCUUCAAAAGAUAAAGAUCUGAAUAGCAGCGCUCCGAACAACAGUGGCUUUUGUAGUUCUAGAUCCCAUCCUGGUGGAAUGCAGCCACCUACUUUGCUUUUGAAUGGUUCUCUAAACCAUUUUCAAGAAUCUAUAGAAGUUAAUAAAAUUGUGGCAGUCCCACCUGUUCUUUUCGAUUACAAGUCUCCUUUCUCAUCAAGGGGAAAUUAUAUCCUUGAACAAGUUGAAAGCAGUAAAAAGUUGGAGAAUUCUUCAUUCUGCCGGUUAUUUGGUGUUGAUUUGAGGACCAAUUCAUAUAAUAUCCCUCCAGCAGAGAAGGUAGUGCCCUGUCCAAACAUCGAUGUCCAGGCUCCAAGUAACAGAUCAGAAGCUGGUUGGAUGAAAAAUCCCGAUCACUUGAAAACAUCGAAAGAAAAACAAUGUGUUCAAGUGGAAGGGCUAUGGAAGGAUAGACAAAGCAAGCAAAGUUUUGUUUCAUCUUCAAGAACCCGUAUUAAGGUGCAAAUGCAAGGGAUUGCCGUUGGACGUGCUGUUGACUUGACUGCAUUGAUGGAUUAUGGUGGCCUUAUUAACGAGCUGGAGAAUAUGUUUGAGAUUAAGGGAGAAGUUGGUCAUCAAAACAAAUGGAAAGUAGUUUACACCGACGAUGAGGGGGACAUGAUGCUCGUAGGCGAUGAUCCAUGGCCGGAAUUUUGUAAGAUGGUCAGGAAGAUUUGCAUCUAUUCAAGUGAGGAAGUGAAGAAAAUGAAUCUGACAUGCGAAUUUCCAUCUUUGUCGCUAGAAGGUGAAGGCACCGUAGCAAGUUUAGAUUCAGAACGAAAAUCUGAAGCAUAG